AUGGUCGGUUUCGACGACCUACGCCUCGUGCCGAAAUGGAUCAAGAAUACUGAAGAAGUAUGGCAAAAGACAGACGGGUUCGAGACUUGUUGUUGAAAUCCCUCCUCUUCGAAUACACAAGAAACCAACUGUGCCUGUAGUACAUGCAUGGGAGGAACUCUCUGAUACAGACGAGCAGGAUGAGGACAGAGGCGAAAAUGGAAAUGGAAAUGGGAAUGGGGAGAAAGAUGUGCUCGAGGACGAGGGAGGGAACAAGAGACGAAAGAUCAGCCAAAUCAACAAUAUGCCAUAUUCUCAAACCUCUGAGCAGCCUAACGACUCGCAUGUAAAGCUCUUCAGCCACUCAAGUCGCAAAAGAACUCACAAAGUACGGAGAGUUCUACCACAUCACAGAACACAGGUGGAGGGAGUGAGAGAAAGAUCUCGGUCAAUUGGUACAGCACUGCGAGAAGGAUUAGCAAAAGAGAGAGGGUGCAUUGGACAGCCAAAUUGGAAACCUCGCUCAGGAAUUAUACCUUCGACCCAUUUGUUGAAAACGUUAAAGACGCGCCGAAAUGUGGAGUCGGAUCCUCAAACUUACACACGACCGACCAUAGAGAGCGAACGAACAACAGCACAGAAAAUUUUGAAUGCACAGAUUUCGCAGAGUGCCCAAAACAGUUCAGGUGGUAUGGAGCAGUCGAAUGUCGUGUCAAUUGCAGAAUCUAGGAUGGGUAAUGGAGUUGCAGUCGUUCGGGGAAGAACAAGUCCGCCGCUUUUUUGUUCAAAUACUCCAAUGCCUGAAAUGAGAUCAGAGGAACCUAUAAUUAAGAGUCCAUCUCCAAAAAACCCAACACCUCCUAUAGACCGAAGCGAAUCCACCCCGCCGCCAGUGUUCAGAUUUCUUUCCCCAGUGCCCACAGAAGCGUCGUCACCAACACCUUCAUGUCGUCCAGACCCGCAACGUCGACGAGACUUGCUCUUUAGACAAGCUUCUUUGGUGCCAUCAGUCGAAGCUCGGGAUACACCCGUGGUUCAACGUUUUCAAGAGCAAUCAGUCCUGUUCCAGGAAACACCACAGGUUCAGUAUGAUUUGACAAAAGAUACCCAGGAAGUUGCGUAA